CACGUGUUAUUGUCUUUACGACUCACUGCUCAGAGGUACUGUAGCUGAGGAACAGAGCAUGUGAAAAUAAACACAAGCUGAGUUUAAAGACUGUUUAAAGUUUGAAGAGGACCCUACUGUUCUCGCCGGUCAGGAAACGAUACAGAGACGCUGCUGGACGUGUUGGAUGAGCCAGACUUCAGCUGGGGUGGCAAGCAGUGAGAGAGGACCAUCCACAGCAGAGCAUCAGGAGUAAGUAUGAAGAGAAAUAGUCGUAUCAGUCCCAGUGGAGAGGAGAACCCCGGCCUGGAGCUCACGGAUGCAGCGUUCCGCCCGGCCAUUGCUUAUUCUGCCUCUGUAACGUCAGCCUCAGUGGUGCAGUCUGUUAGCCAGUGGGCGGCGUAUGCCCGCGGGCGCUGGAAACGGGCUGCCCGCAAAUGUGUGAGGAAGAAACCCCCAGGCCAACCUGUAGGCAGCAAAUACAAGGGUCUUGCCUGGGAUGAAGAUGCUGUAGAUGGAGCAGAUAAAGCACAGCAGCUGAACAAGUGCCUUCUGGACCACUUCAGAGCCUUGGCCUCCAGCAACAAGGACACAGAUGAGGUGGACCUACAGUAUCUGAAUAACGUCCUCGCAGAGGGAGCUGACCCCAACUCUACAGACAGAUAUGGACAGACUGCACUGCAUGAGAUCUCUCGGGCCUGGAACAUAGACGUGAUGCGCUUCUUUCUGGAGCGAGGGGCAGACAUCCUGAGAGCUGAUGCGUUCGGGGUCACGCCCCUGCAUGUGGCCGCCGCCUUAGACUAUGAAGAUAUGAUUGAGUUUCUUUUGGAAAGAGGAGCUGACAUAGAGGCCCGAACACACAAAGACCUGCAAACACCGCUUCACUUUGCUGCUAAGAACGAUGCCAUCGGGGCAGUUCAGCUGCUGCUGCACAAUGGAGCUAACAUUGCUGCUCAGGACUACAAGCAGAGAACUCCUCUACAGCUCGCUGCCAAUCUGGAUCGCAGUGAAGCUGCCCGCACACUACUGGAGAUGGGAGCAGAUGCUGGGGUGCAGGAUGCUGAUGGACAGCUGUGCAUUACUGCGAUGAUUGACAAGAUGACACCAGUUGCCAACUUGGCACUGAAUCAGUUCCAUGUGAAAGACCGAAUGACGCGGCGACAGUUCUUCUACCUUCAGCUGCUGGAGCCAGAGUUAACAUGCAAGACCUAUUCAGGCAAAGCCUACAGAGAGCCCACAUCACCGCUGGAAUUUAUUGUUCAUCAAGGAAAGCUGGAUCUCAUUAUGCAUCCUGUAGUGUUGAAGCUCAUUAAAGUCAAAUGGAAUUUGUACGCCAGACUGGGUGCCUGGAUCCUCCUGCUGCUCAACUUUUUGUUUAUUGUUUCGUGGACAAUAGUAGCGAUAUCUGUAUCUGUAUCAAGAGAGGAAGACCAGCCAUAUGUUUUUCCUCAGGACUGGUGGCGUGUGCUGGUCGUGGUGUUGGCGUUAGGGCUGACUGUUCUGGAGGUUUACAGGGAGGUGAUGGAGAUCCUGAACUCUCACAGAAAGCUGAAGGCCUGGCAGAGGUGGAGUGAACAAAGACUGAGAGAGGACCUGACCCACACACACCCCAUGUGGCCUGAGGAGCGUCAUUAUUUAGAGGGGCAAAUCAAGUUCAUUCGCAGCUUGAAGGAAAGCUAUCUGCGAGACCCUUGGAAUAUAUUUGAUUGGCUUGUGUACAUACUGCUGAUAGCAGUGUUGGGCUUCCACAUGGCUGAUAUCUACCUGGUGUCUCCUACACUGCAGACCUACAGCCUCCGCCUCUUCGCUGUGACCAUCAUCUUCCUCUGGUUGAGGCUGAUGAAGCAUGUCCGAGCCUUUAGGCCUAUGGGUCCCUUUAUUGUGAUGCUGGGGAAGAUAGUGGGUGAUGUGCUGCGCUUCCUCUUCUUGUAUGCAGAAAUCUAUAUCCCAUUUGCCUGUGCUUUCUGGAUUAUAUUUGGAGGUCUUACGGAUGUGCCCAGUAUGCAGACAGUGCCUAAGAUGUUGUAUAGUCUAUACCGCUUAACCCUGGUGGAUGAAUAUGAAUUUGAUGCUAUGGUGGCUGUGGACUCUGUCAUGGCUCACUUGCUCUGCGGUACGUUCCUGGCCCUGUCUGCUGUCCUGUGCGUCAACCUGAUGAUCGCCUUGUUGUCCGACACCUUCCAAAGAGUCUAUGAUAACGCUUUGGCCAACGCAGUGAUGCAACAGGCAUCCAUCAUCCUUCAGGUAGAAGAGUCUAUGCCUGGUCUGCGGCGUUUCUAUGACAAGCAGUACAUCCACCAAAACUGUGCCCCUCUGGGAGAGUUUUAUGAUGAUGACAUUAUAACUGACCCAGAGCAGCAUGAAGGGAUGAAGGAACUCACAGCACAGAUCAAGGAUACUCUGGAUGAAUAUUUGGACAUCCAAAAACAGACAAACCCACACAGACCAGCUCCAGCAGAUGAGAAUAACAGAAGCCCUCGAAGAAAAAGCUCCAUGUCUCCAGUGCCAAAAGAAGUUCUCAGCACUUUAAGCAAAAUUGAAAAGGACCAACAGCAGCAGAGUCAGGAUCUGCAAGACUUACGAGAAGACGUACAGAAACUACAGGCUUUGUUGUUACAACUGAUUCAAUCCAAAUCUACAACAUCUGCUGCUGAUGUUCCGAGCACAUCUUCAACAACUACAGGAUUGUAGAGAAUGGACGAGUGAACUAUGUUUGCUUUUAAAUAUGAGAAAUAAGGAGUCUUCCUUAAACCAGACUGAUGUGUGUGGUACAAAUCCAACCACAUUUGGAUAAUGGUUGAAUACUGGUACAGAUGGUAUUCUGGUCAUGUAUUUGAAUGCAGUGCUGAUUCUGUGGUGAAUUGCCUGGUGUAAAAGUGAGGACUGUCUAAUAUGAAUGCCCCACUGCUCUUCAAAUGUCUUCCUCAGUUUAGAAAAUCAAUGUCCAAGACAUUUCCGGGACAUUUUUCAUAACUUCCAUAGACAACAACCUACUGUAUGUACACUAAUGGCACCUGUCGUACACCUUCCCCUGCUGUGUUCCGAUGCUCGUUGCUAUCUUGCAAGUGUUGAAGUUUAGAAAUAUAUCUACACUGAUGGGCGUGCUAAUUUGAAAGUGACGCCUGUUCAGGAAAAUAUCUGUUGUGUUUCUAUCUUGGCGGCGGGAAAUACAGGUGCGCCACUGACUGAUUAAAACCCUGACAACAGUCAACACUCAUCCGUCCAAUCCUGUCUUAGCCAUGCAGGAGUGCUGUUCACGCUCAGCUUGUGUACAUCCCUGCUCCUUACACACACACAAAUAAACUAGCUACAGUGCACAAAUCAACAAUAAACAGAAUAAAGAAUAAAAUAACAUUGCUGUUCCCAAAAAUAAGCUGCUGGCGUACCUUCACAGUGUGAAUGUGCCCUUACAAUACCAAAGACACAAUGACACGCUUUUAAUUGACCCAUGCACUAUAGAUUGCUAGUAUAAGACCCUAAGUGUAGGUGGCCUAUUAAAAGACUCUCAAUGUAAGAGUUUAAUUGAAUUUAAAAUUUAACAACUAGAACUGUGUAAUAAUCCUUUCCAUAAAGAAACAUAAAAAACUUUGUGUUUUUCCAAAUGUUUCAAAGGUUUCAGAACUGCUCUUGUAGGUGGGACGUUAGUUAGUUUGGAAGUUUAUUAUGGCUAUAUAGAAAUCAGGUCAAAGUCAAGUUGUGGGAUCUAUAUUCAUGAACACAUUGAAUAUAAUCGUAUUGUAUUAUAUAAGUGAUGUGUAAUAACAUGCAAACAAUUGUUGCUUCUGUCAACAGCUUGGGAGGCAAUUCCAUAAAGUUAAAAUCAAGAAAAUCAAGAAAACAUUAAAAAGUUGCUAAAACAGCUAGCAAAAAUAGCUGACUGAUUGUGUGAGGCACCUGUGUGUUAGACCUAUUGAUAAACUGUAAACAAAACAAAAUUUCUAUGAAUAAAAAGUAUUUCUUUUUAAAAAGAAACAUGUUAAGACAUGAUGGUGGUACAUGAACCUGUACAUGACAUUUGUAGCAAUAUUUAAUUUAAUAAAAAU